CGCCAGACACGAGCGCGCACAGGGCGCAGAGCGGCGCCCCACCACCGCCUUUGCGUCAGCCAUCCUCACACAGUCAGUGACACAACACAACAUCAGCCCCUCGCAGCAUCCGCAUCUCCCGGCCAGGAGGACCAGAAGCACAUCUUCAUCUGAGCAUCCAUUCCACAACUGCCCACCAUCGUCUGCGCACCGCCGGCACCAAGGCGUGUGUCUCCAGCGUUCGCUUUCUGCCUCGGCUCGGAUUAUUACUAUUUUUUGCUGCACAUAUAUGGUUUUAUGAUUUUUUCCAGAUUUAUAGGAGACAAAACACCCAAAACGCGGAGCAUCAUAUCUCCAGCUCGUGUUAUUUUCUCCAAAAGCCCGACACCUGCAGUGACCAUCUGGGGAGCUGAAACACCACAGCGACCGUUUGAGCCCAGGUGAUCGUUAUCCGCUCAGAGAUCUGUUUACCAGACGCUCUCCUCCCAGGCUUUGGAUGCCCAGCGGCACACCGUAGCCCGGGACCCCCAGCCCCCAGCAGCUCUGAGGCCUUGAGACCCUCAGGAUCUCCCCUGACAGACCCUCGUCGACGCCUGACGCCUCCCCGCAGUCGCCAUGGGAACCGUGCUGUCUUUGUCCCCCAGCUACCGGAAGGCGGCUCUCUUUGAGGACGGCCCGGCCACCGUGGGCCACUACACGGCCGUCCAGAACAGCAAGAACGCCAAAGACAAGAACCUGAAGCGCCACUCGCUCAUCAACGUGCUCCCGUGGAAGCGGAUUGUAGCAGUGUCGGCCAAGAAGAAGAGCUCCAAGAAGGUGCAGCCCAACGGCACCUACCAGAACAACGUCACCCACCUGAACAACGAGAACCUGAAGAAGUCUCAGUCCUGUGCCAACUUAUCCACCUUCACCCAGGACCAGAGCACCCCCGCUCUCACCAAGAGCUCGAACACCAGCACGUCGUCCGUGAAGAAGGCGCCUGUGGCCAACUCCAACGUUGCACCCGGGACCCCCAAGAGGGUGAUCGUGCAGGCGUCCACCAGCGAGCUGCUGCGCUGCCUGGGCGAGUUCCUGUGCCGCCGCUGUUACCGGCUCAAGCACCUGUCGCCCACCGACCCGGUGCUGUGGCUGCGCAGCGUGGACCGCUCCCUGCUGCUGCAGGGCUGGCAGGACCAGGGCUUCAUCACCCCCGCCAACGUGGUCUUCGUCUACAUGCUGUGCCGCGACGUGGUCUCCUCGGAGGUGGCCACGGAGCACGAGCUGCAGGCCGUGCUGCUCACCUGCCUCUACCUGUCCUACUCCUACAUGGGCAACGAGAUCUCCUACCCGCUCAAGCCCUUCCUGGUGGAGAGCUCCAAGGAGACCUUCUGGGACCGCUGCCUGUCCAUCAUCAACCUGAUGAGCGCCAAGAUGCUCCAGAUCAACUCGGACCCGCACUACUUCACUCAGGUGUUCGCCGACCUGAAGAACGAGAGUCAGAAGGAGGAGGAGAGGAGUCGCCUGCUCAUCGGCCUGGACCGUGAUAUUCGAACAAAAAAUGCCAGACUUGGGUAAAUACUUUGCUAACAUACAAAUAUAUAUCUAUAUGAAACAUGACAAAAAAAAAACAACAAAAAAACGACAACGACAAAAAGACAAAAAAUAAGAUUAGAAACGGAAGCAAACAUCUACAGCAAUGAAUGUGGACAGGACUGAGGCUGCAGCAGCCCAGCAGUGGCCUGCUGACUGACAAUGUGAUGUGCACUGCCUACUGCAGGAGGGUGAGGGCCAUCGCCUGACUGGCUUUCUCCAUGCAUCACGGAUGAACGGACAUCUCUGGCUGCACACGCGCUCUCUGGAACAACAACCACAUCCCCUCCUCGAGCCUGGAUGCGAGUGGACUCUGUUUUUGCUGCGAUGCAUAUCUGGCCGUCUGAGCGCCCGUCGAUGCUGGAUCCAUUUUUUUGUGGGUUUUAUGUUUGCGGCUCCACGACGGUACGAGGACAGAUGGGACAGACUUUAAGGAAACGUAAAUGAGACGUUUGUUAAAAAGACAACAGCCAGAGGACGAGGGGCCAAGAUGAGUUGUCUUACUGUGUGUGUUAAGAAAGACCUACUUUAUUUUCAUCUAGAAAAAAUAAAAACAACUUACUGGAUGUUUUACUCCCCAGAGGCUCAAACCUUCGGAGGCUUAUUUAUUGCUUUUCUGGAACAAGGUUUCUUUCAUUUCUUUUUUGUUUGUUUUUUACAUAGAAUUGUAAUGUUUUGCACGUGUGCCAUGCAAUUUUACAGAGUUUCCGUCCGGGGAGCUGGGAGCAAUUAGUACUUUCCUUCUUUUUACUUGAUUUGUAAACUAACUGCAUCUGCAUUAGAGAAUGCUGCGAACCAUGUGACACCAGUUUAUUUAGCUAUGCUUGCUAAAACUAGGUUAUUUGUUUACCAGGGUCCUUGUUUGUACGUUUUGUCCAUAGGUUGUGUUUCAGCCACUUAGCAACGAUGUUGGACUUUGUGCUUAUGAUUCAGCGUAGGAAAUGUUAUGACGGUGCCAUAUCUUUGAUGAAAACCCUACAGCUUUGAGAACUCUCUGAAACCCUGUUUGUCCAGCUGAGUGAUGGGAGGGAUUUUCAUCUACUAAUAACUUACUGACACAUUUAUUGCCAUUUACAUAUUUGUUAUUUAGGCACAUUCAAGUAAUGAAUGAUUAUUGUGGGAGACACUGAAAGGGGGAGGACGUAAACAGGAGGUAGUGGAGCAGGUGGGCUUAUUUUUGGUGGGAAUGAAGAUUGAUCUGGUUUAUGUAAAUUAAUAUUGCAGGGAGCAUCAGCGAAUAUAAACCUGAGAAGCCCUUUGAUCAAAACCGGUGUGAAGUCUAACCAUCACCAAAGUAUCCACCACCGACCCAGAAAGAACAAAACAUCCUUGAACUUUUACUCCAGAAAAAUGCCCCUCGUGCAGUCGUGCACGAGGGGUCACAUGAGCUGCCGUCACAUAUCAGAAAGACAAAGCACACACACACUUUCCAGGAGAGUCAGUUAUUCCAACAUCGCUGCAGCUAAAGCACAGAUCACCUCGACAGCUCCCUCAGCAUCACUUUCUGUGCACCUCAAAUGCAGAGUGACACCACAUGAUGGACAUAAACAUUCACCCGACGGUCCGAUUGCCUUUUUAAACCGCCAGACAAAGUCACAAGCUGCAGAGUUCCAGAGGAACAUAGAGGCGACAACAACUGAGAUGUAGCUUUUUCUUCUCAUGGGUGGAGAAGCUGCAGAAUUUCCACUCAUACACGUGAGAGAAGCGUAUUCAUUAUCGGAUCUCAGCACACGCAGUGUUCUGAACGGACUGACGGUGCCAUCUUCAAGUUCUGCUGCGUUUUGGGUCUCUGCUGAAACAGGCUGAUUUCUGGACGGGCUCCUGCUCUGUCCACAAACAGAGACCCUCAGUCUUUUCCUUUUCGUCCCCUAUUCACGCAAAAUGUGCCAUUUUUUCCCACUUUGCAUCUUUGAGUAGUUGUUUGAGAAAAUACUUAUAAAAUAUGAAAAAAAAAUCCACUCAAGUGAUAGUUAAAGACUUCCGUCAGAUUUUUUUCUGUAACUUGUUGCGUACUUUGUAGAAAAAAAAUGAAACCGUGGUUAAGAACUUCAAAAAGAGAGCAUUGGACGACAGCAUGUGAGAACGUGUGUGUGUGUGUGUGAAAGGCAGCAAUUCAUUUGUACAGAAGAAUGUGUGACUUAUUGUUUUGUUAUGGAGCAAACGCAGACCACGGUGGUACCAGGACUACAGAACUCGGGGCGAGGGAGGGGACGUCUGUUCAAUGAAACCAUUCUCUCUUCAAAAAGAUAAAAAAGCUGUCGCUGUAAUGGAACCUUUCUCGGUUUAUUUCUGCUUAUUUUAAUUUAUUUUUGUACUGUGAUGGAAAAAUAAAAUGCACUGAACGUUCAA